GAGCAAUGUGAGCUUCAGGGUGUCUCCAUCCCUACCCCAAGUGUGCCCACUGAAACUUUCCAGCACCUGCCCACUACAUAGGCCAGAGUAAGGGGCUUGACAUUUCACCCAGGGGGCCUGAGGCCUGGCUCCACCCCCAUUCCUGCCACUGGGUCUCAGGUCAGGCUCUAGCAGGCCUGGGGUGGGGGUGUGGAGGCAGAGCCACCCAAUCCUGUAGGGACAGGUUUCACAACUUCCCGGAUGCGGCUGUGGUGGGUCACAGUGCAGCCUCCAGCCAGGAGAAUGGGGUGGUUCCCACUGCUGCUGCUUCUGACACAGUGUUCAAGGGUCCCUGGGCAGCGCUCGCCCUUGAAUGACUUCCAGGUGCUCCGGGGUACAGAGCUGCAACACCUGCUACAUGCAGUGGGGCCUGGGCCUUGGCAAGAACAUGUGGCAGAUGCUGAGGAGUGUGCAGGGCGUUGCGGGUCCCUACUGGACUGCAGGGCCUUCCACUACAAUGUGAGCAGCCACGGCUGCCAACUGCUGCCAUGGACCCAAUACUCACCCUAUACACAGCUGCAACGUUCAGGGCGCUGUGAUCUCUUCCAAAAGAAAGACUAUGUGCGGACCUGCGUCAUGGACAAUGGGGUCAAGUACCGUGGUACGGUGGCCAUCACCACUGGCGGCCUACCCUGCCAGCGCUGGAACCACAGGUUCCCCAAUGACCACAAGUACACGCCCACACUCCGGAACGGCUUGGAGGAGAACUUCUGCCGAAACCCCGACGGGGACCCAGGAGGUCCCUGGUGCUACACGACAGACCCUGCAGUGCGCUUCCAGACCUGUGGCAUCAAGUCCUGCCGGGAAGCCGCUUGCGUUUGGUGCAAUGGCGAGGAGUAUCGCGGGGCAGUGGACCGCACCGAGUCGGGACGCGAGUGUCAGCGCUGGGACCUGCAGCGGCCACACGCGCACCCCUUUGAGCCCGGUUCCUUGACAAAGAUCUGGACGACAACUAUUGCCGGAAUCCGGACGGCUCCGAGCGGCCCUGGUGCUAUACCACCGACCCGAAGGUGGAGCGAGAGUUCUGCGACCUCCCUCGCUGCGGGUUGGAGGCACAGCCGCGCCACGAGGCCACGACGCUCAGUUGCUUCCGCGGGAAGGGCGAGGGCUACAGGGGCACGGCCAACACCACCGCCGCAGGCGUACCCUGCCAGCGGUGGGACGCGCAGAACCCCCAUCAGCAUCGUUUUGCUCCGGAGAAAUACGCAUGCAAGGACCUUCGGGAGAACUUCUGCCGGAAUCCCGACGGCUCGGAAGCGCCUUGGUGCUUUACGUCACGGCCUGGCAUGCGCGUGGCCUUCUGUUACCAGAUCCGGCGCUGCGCCGACGACGUGCGGCCUGAGGCCAUCCCCGCCCGUCACAGACUGCUACCACGGCGUGGGGGAGCAGUACCGCGGCUUGGUCAACAGGACCCGAAAAGGUGUCCCGUGCCAGCACUGGUCCACAGAGAUGCCACACAUGCCGCAGUUCACACCCACCUCUGCCCCCCACGCGCAUCUGGAGGAGAACUUUUGCCGGAACCCGGACAGGGAUAGCCAUGGGCCCUGGUGCUACACUACGGACCCGGGUACUCCGUUCGACUACUGUGCACUGCGGCGCUGCGAUGACGACCAACCACCGUCCAUCCUGGAGCCCCCAGACCAGGUGGUGUUUGAGAAGUGUGGCAAGAGGGUGACCCGCCUGGACCAGCAGCGCUCCAAGCUGCGUGUGGUGGGGGGCCAGCCUGGGAACUCGCCCUGGACAGUCAGCUUGCGCAAUCGGCAGGGCCAGCAUUUCUGCGGGGGUUCCCUAGUGAAGGAGCAGUGGGUACUGACGGCCCGGCAGUGCUUCUCCUCUUGCCAUAUGCCUCUCAUGGGCUAUGAGGUGUGGUUGGGCACCUUGUUCCAGAACCCACAGCCGGGAGAGCCAGGCCUGCAGCAGGUCCCAGUGGCCAAGAUGGUGUGUGGGCCCUCCGGCUCCCAGCUUGUUCUGCUCAAGCUGGAGAGACCUGUGACCCUGGACCAGCGAGUGGCACUCAUCUGCCUGCCCCCCGAGAGGUAUGUGGUGCCACCAGGUACCAAGUGUGAGAUCGCAGGCUGGGGUGAGACCAAAGGUACAGGGAAUAACAAAGUCCUAAAUGUGGCCUCGCUGAAUGUCAUCUCCAACCAGGAAUGUAACAUCAAGCACCGAGGACGCAUACGGGAGAGUGAGAUGUGCACUGAGGGACUCUUGGCCCCUGUGGGAGCCUGUGAGGGUGACUACGGAGGCCCACUUGCCUGCUUUACCCAUGACUGCUGGGUCCUGGAGGGAAUUAUAAUCCCCAACCGAGUGUGCGCCCGGCCCCGCUGGCCAGCCAUCUUCAUGCGUGUCUCUGUGUUUACGGACUGGAUUCACAAGGUCAUGCGGCUGGGUUAGGCCCAGCCUUCAAUCCCAUUUACUUUGGAGAGAGAACAAAGGUUGUUGUCAGACAUAAAGCUGCCUCUCCUCUUUA